AUGCAAGCGGGAACACCGGCAGCGCCAUCACCGGCAGCGGCAACGGCACCAGCGGCACAACAACAGCACAGUGGCGUUAUUGCAGGUACAUCGAGUGCAGAUCAUACAACGGGUUCGAACGACACUGCUGAGAAUAAGGGCGAACCGGACUUCUGGGGACAGUGGGACCAUUGGGACCGACAAUGGGACUAUGAAAAGAACACGUGGAUCCCCAAGAAGGAUGAAAGUGAAUCCCUACCUAGCGGACAUCAGUCUGGAACUGAAGGAUCAGGUAAUAAUCUACCACAGGAUACACAAGUAGCAUCAGAAGGAGCAACUACACCGAAAGGCGCCACAAAUGCAGAACUUGAAGAACAUGGGAAAACAGGACAAACAACAGACAACGAUUCCCCUGGCAAUGGCGGCCAGACGGAUGCCAUCGUCGAUGGAGGAAACGAUGACCCCCCUCCUCUCAAUCCACCCAAACCCAACCCGAACCCAAAUCAAUCGGGGUCCAGCGGUAGCGGCGGCGGCAGCACCGGCGAUGCGUCCGCAGGAAGUACUGAACAGAGUGCAGCAGGUGGUAGUGCUCAACCAGCUGGUGGUGGAGGGGGAGGAGGUGGAAGUUCCUCAUCCUCUGCUUCAGAACCAUCCAGUCCAGGUUCUAAUGGGGCCCAAAACCCAGGUUCCUCUGAUCCCGAUUCUACGGAUCAUGGUACUGGUAGUACCGGGAGUGCAGUAGCAGAGGGUGCCAGGGAUAAGGGUGAACAAGGACAUGGUGGAGCAGAUGGUGCACAAAAUGGGAAGGGUACGGACACACGAAGUGCAAGCAAUGAGAAAGAUAAGAACAGUAGCCAUGGGGGUGGCGCUACCGGUUCCCGUGGCACAUCACCUGAUAUAUGGGAUGAAGAUCUGAGUGAGAAGGAUUUAUGGGGUAUAGGAAAGGUACCCCCCUCUGGAGAAUUAGGUGAUGUACCGGACGAUGCCGACUUAUGGGGAAUAGGAAAAGCAUCCUCAAAAGUGUCCACAACAACACCCUCCGCUACCACAAACGACGUGUCGAAAUCAUCGGACACCGCACCCUCCGAACCGACGACGACGCAGCACGGCGCAUUAGAACUACUCGAUAUGUCUAAAGAGCCGCCUGCCAAUUUUAUCGAUAAAGACGAAGAAGUGUUGCCCGAAAUCGAAUAUCUAGAAAACGAAGAGCCAAAUUUUAUGGAAGAAACCGAUCCGUCGUCAUCACAGGACGGGGAUGACGAGGCAAACGCAGAUGGAAGCGAGUUGGACGACGCAACAUUGGACAAAGUGUUGGAGGAGGAGCAGUUGGACGACGAUGUCAACGACAACGACGAAGAUGAGGACGAGGCGGAACUGCAUACACCUGUAGAAGGCGGCCAAUCCGACACGAACGCAUCGACCCCAUCCGGGCCGUCGCCAUCGGACCCGUCGACAGCGGCCACGCAACAAGAAACAGAACGCAACGCGGAUAGUAGUGUAAGCAACAGCACACCAUCCACACCACCAUCAGCAUCACAAAAGCCACAACAACCGUUCACGGAUAAAAACGCACAUGCGCUUCUCGCAGGAAAUACUAACAACACGAUAGACUUAAAGAAAACCACACAGCAAUUGACCCAACAGAUCCUCAGUACCAUACAAGGAGACACACAGUUCCUAGACACACUCAAAGAUUUGACCAAAGAUUUAAGUAACAUUUUUUUCUAG